AUGGCCACCAACAUGGCUGAGCUGCUUGCCCUACUCAGAGGACCUAACCGAGCCUCUUCGAGCUCCACGCCUCCGCUGGGACCGGGGCCAACAGUCGACCCAACCCUGGAGGCUCCACCAGCUCAAGCUCCAGGAAACAUUGAGAUUCCCGUACCGCCAACGCUGCACACGUCCGCGGUCCACCCCUUCACCAACCCAUUUCCGCCGCCGCCGGCCCCCACGGCCGUCCCUCUUCCACCGGCGGCUUUCCUAUCCUCGGAGCACGUCCUGUCCGCGCCCCCGCCUGUCUCCAUACCGGCCCCAACCAUGGCCUACGCGAUACCUCCGCCGAUGGUUUUCUCGGCGCCCAGUGCACCUGUCCCGACUCAUCUUCAAGCUGCAGAGCUCCCUUCCUAUCCGUCUCUACAUCCUCACGUCGGCCUCUCCUACCAGGCGCCGCCCCCCAUAGACACCACCUUCCACGAACCGGGCACGCCGACUCAUGUAGCCCAGUUCGCCUCGCCGACGCAUUUCUUCCUGGAGGCUGACACCGAACAGGAACGAAGGCUCAAAAGGAUGGAAGAAACGAUAAGGGCCCUACAAGCGGGUGAUGCUCGUCUCGACGCGCGCUACGGCGACUGCAGCCUAUUCCCGGCUAUGCGGCUGCCCCCGAAGUUCAAGAUCCCGGAAUUCAAGACUUAUGAGGGCACGACGGAUCCGCGCCACCAUCUCCGCCUCUAUCGGGGGAAGAUGCUGCAAUAUUGGGAAUACGAGGAGUUUGCCGGGAAGAAGUUGGAUUUGGGCAUCAAGCUCGGAAGGAUGGAGGACCCCACCAGCAAAGGAGAUGAGUCGUCGAAGAAGGUCCCCGCGACAUCAUCGUCUUCAAGCGGGAGAAGGGGAAAGGAAGCUACGGUGAAUACCGUCAACAUGGCCCAACAGGUCCCUCAGCAAUAUUCAAUGAACUACACGGCGGCGCCUCCCACGGCCCCCUCCUACGCCCCGCAGGCACCUCAAUAUCGGCCUCAAGCCUCUACCCAACCAAUCUACUAUUCCGCACUACCGCCUCUACCCCCAUCUACGGUGCCCUCGCCUGUCGUCCACCAUUAUGCCCCUACUCCGUCCCAAGCCCCUCAAUACCAACCUCCAGUUCCUAGGACUUCUUAG